AGAUUUCGAAAUUUUCGGUAAUCUUGCAUACGCUACCGUCGAGAAGAUGUCGAGCGGCGGCUGGAACGUCAAUGCAGCUGCUUUUGUGCCAAAUGUGAACGCACGACCAUUCAUACCUGGUCAGCCAUACAUUCCAUCUGAAGAAUCCGUCUCGUCAACUGCAGCACCUGACAGUGCUGAACCACCAGCAGAAGAGUGGGAUGCGGAAGUUCCGGAUUCCUACGAGGAGCCAGUUAAUUCAUCGACAUGCCCAACUUUUGCAGAACCGAAACUCGGUGAGGAUAAGUUCUCCGAUUCUCACGGACAAAAAGAAGAAAAAGACGAUAUUGAAGCUGUCAGAGGAGACGAUAAGGAGACCGAGAAGGAUGUAUCUGAAACUAGCGACGUAAUAACUCCUCUCGCGAAAAAGUUUGAGCGCGUCAAAUAUGUGGAUGAUGGUACCCAUAAGGAGCACGUCAAUAUGGUUUUCAUUGGUCACGUGGACGCUGGUAAAUCUACUAUUGGAGGACAACUUAUGUACCUUACCGGAAUGGUUGAUAAGCGAACUUUGGAGAAAUAUGAACGAGAAGCGAAGGAGAAGGGUCGGGAAAGUUGGUAUUUAUCAUGGUGUAUGGAUACCAACGAAGAAGAACGCGAGAAAGGAAAAACUGUGGAGUGCGGACGUGCUUAUUUUGAAACUGAGAAAAAACAUUUUACAAUUCUUGAUGCUCCUGGUCACAAAAGUUUUGUUCCAAACAUGAUCAGUGGAGCCACACAAGCGGAUCUAGCUGUGCUUGUAAUUUCUGCCCGCAAAGGCGAAUUCGAAACCGGAUUUGAUCGCGGCGGACAAACUAGAGAACAUGCUAUGUUGGUGAAGACUGCAGGUGUUCGUCAUCUUGUUAUUCUUGUCAAUAAAAUGGAUGAUCCAACGGUCAAGUGGGAUGAGGCCCGAUUCAACGAAAUCCAGAGCAAGCUCACUCCAUAUCUUCGCAAGUGUGGUUUCAAUCCAAAAACUGAUAUGACGUAUAUUCCUGUUUCUGGGCUGACUGGAGCUUUUAUCAAAGAUAGACCUUCGUGCGAUCAAGGUGGAUGGUACAGUGGCCCAUGCUUCAUCGACUAUAUUGAUCACAAUCUCGUCUCGAUGGCUCGCGAUUACAAUGGUCCGGUCCGAUGCAUAGUUGUCGACAAAUUCUCCGAUAUGGGUACCCUAAUCAUCGGUAAAAUGGAGUCAGGUGUUGUCAUCAAAGGACAAAACCUUGUAUGUAUGCCGAAUAAGCAACCAGUCCAGGUAAUCCAAAUUUGGUCAGAUGACGUCGAGAUGGAUCGGGUGGUUUCGGGAGACAACGUGAAAUUCAAGCUCAAAGGAAUUGAAGAAAAUGAGAUCCAAUCAGGAUUCAUUAUCUGCUCGCCAGAUGCCCUUUGCCGAGUUGGACGCGUGUUCGACGCAGAGGUGGUCAUUCUGGAGCAUAAGUCAAUUAUAGCAUCAGGAUACACAUGUGUGCUCCACAUUCAAUCCGCAGUUGAAGAGGUGACUGUGAAGAUGGUAAUCUGUACUAUCGACAAAAAGACCGGGGAGAAAAAAAAAUCAAGAUUUGUUCGACAGGAUGAGAAGUGUAUCAUGAGGAUAGAAAGUUCGGAAGCAUUCUGUCUCGAGCCUUUCAAGGAACUGCCUCAAUUAGGUCGUUUUACACUCCGCGAUGAGGGUCGAACCAUUGCUAUCGGGAAAGUUUUGAAAGUCGUUGAAUAAUCUAUUUAUUCGAUGUAUGGGGCACCAAUAUAUUGCGCAAUUGAUACGAAAUUGAUCCAUCGAUCUAUAAUAUUUAGAAUUUUACUCGAUAUGUUACAAGAUUUUGCUAAAUUCUUGAAAUACAUUUAUCGCAUGUGGAAGAGUAUACGACAGAAUAUUUCGUUCGCUUGUCUUUGUUGUUAUCCUAUCGUGGAGGCGUAUUUUUAUCUCACUUGGGUGGUAUUUUUUUCCAUUCUUUUCUUUUGUUUAUCUGAAUAUUAGUGUUCUGUUGGAAUCAUAAUCUUGUUUUUGUUCAUGUGAUAAAGCAUUUCGAGAUA